CCCAUUUUAUGUAUCCAUCCACACAACACUGAAAACCCCUCUUCUCAUCUUCUCCCCGAAAACCCCUAAAACCCCAGAAAAACAAUCCACCAUGGGAGAUGGAAAGCAAGAAUUAAUGGCGGUUAAUUGACCAAAGGGUUUAAUUCAACAAAACCCAAUUACCCAAAUUCAAUCUGAAAUCAAAAAAUUGGAAGUUAACGUUAAAUCUUGGCUUUCUAAACAAUCUAUUCCUGUUGAAGCUACUGCUGUUACUGCUGGUGGAGCCAUUCAAGGUGCCCUUAUUGGUGGUCUUAUGGGUACCUUUACACAGGAUUUAUCCUCCUCCAUGCCUAUGCAGCCUCCUCCUAGUAGCCUUGACCCUAAUGCUAUGGCUAGUUUAAAACAAGCCCAGGCUCUCUCUGGGGGCCCAUUGGUUCAAGCUCGCAACUUUGCUGUCAUGACAGGUGUCAAUGUUGGCAUCUCUACUGUUUUGAGGAGAAUCAAAGGGAAGGAGGAUGUAUGGUCCAGCAUGGCAGCAGCAUUUGGUUCAGGAGCCAUGUUUUCUUUGGUUAGUGGUAUGGGUGCGCCAAACCAAGUUUCCAGUGCUAUCUCAUCAGGAGCCUUUUUUGCAGCAUUUACUAUGAUCCAGACUUUUCUUUUUAUCUCUUGCCUACUUGGUUGGGAAUGUCUCAGACAUCUUUGUUUGUUACAUUCUACGAUUGUAAUAAUGCUAUAUCUUCAGCUUGCAGCUUGUAGAACACUUUCUUCUUUAUUUUAGUUGUAAGUUGUAUCUAUUGAUCCCUGCUUCCCUCCCUGCCCCAACCCCAAUCCAAAAAAUAAAAUCAAAGAAUUGGGGAACAAAGGGAGGAGGAGCAACAUAGAUACAUCUGACUUUUGUUACAACUCAUUGUUUGUUUUGACAUGUGUGCUCUUUUUGGUGUUAUUUUGCAGGUUACAAACUUUUUCUAGUCAGGGAGUUAUAAUUUGCUUAUGUGUACUAUAUGAUUUCUUGAGUAUAAUUUCUACACAACGAAAUUACUAAUAAACUUUCUUUCAUUGCCUUUCCAGGAAUGCAGCAAUAUGGCUAUUUGUGGUGUUUCAUGAAGGUGUCUUAAACACUAAUCAAUUGGACAAUCUGCAAGUGUCAGCUGAUAGGCUAUUAAUCUCUGCUUCGAGAAUUGAAUCAACAAGAUGAAUUUUGGAAGACAUCCUGUAGUGAUCAGAUCUGCCCUGGUAUAGGUUUUGAGAGGAUCUCUGCUUUUCUAUUGAAUAUCAUGAUACAAUUCUCCAGUGCUUCUCCGGAAGUUGAUGCUGAUUUUAGAUAAGGUUACAGUAUCAGCCUUUGUUUUUGGAGUUUCAAUGAUUAUUUGGCUCAUCACUUCCCAUCCAUUUGAGAUUAAUAUACUCUUGUCCUGUUUACCAACCAGUAGUUUGAAUGCUGUACGAGUUGCUUCUUUGCAGCUUCGAAUCUCUAAUUCCUGCACUUUUAUCUUGGAGGCAGUUGUAUUAUCUGAAGGCAUGAAUUUAUGAUGAACAGAUAGUUGACAUGCUUCAA